AUGACCGAAGUUGCCCUAGUGGCCCUUCGUGACACUGGGGCCAAAGGGAGCUUGUACGAAUCUUAUGAUGUCUCAGCAGUGGGUGAGGUGAUGUUUGUGUACAGUGACCAGACGAUCACCACAUAUAACGAGAGUAAAACCCGUGUCCUGAACUUUCAGCGCGGCGUGCCCAGCCGUGGUGCCUGUCCCCUUGCUAGGUUACCGGCCCUGGCCGAUGGGGGAGUGCGGCCUGUGGGGUGUUUGCAGAGCCGCUCGGCCGCAGCCCUGCAGAUCAAAGCGAAGAGGAAGGAAGUGGAGCUCAACCUACACGGGGAAAAGCGCGGUGUCUACGGGGACGGCGCGGCGUGCGAACCCGGGAGAGCUCGCGUUCUCGACUCGGUGGAGCUCAAGUCCGUCAGGCUGAGCCCACACCAGCGGCACACAUCACCGCCAUCACCGUGGCCUGCCCUUCUGAGGGUGGAAGAAACUGCACAUUUCCUUUUCCAAGCUGGGAAGCGGGACUGUGCUGUGUCCCAUUCCGUCCGGCAAACCAGCACGGACAACUGUGGCAGGAAUCGCUUCCAAGCAGAGGCGAAGAUUUUUAUGACUGCGAAGACUGGGAUUCAGAAUCUCUCUGCCAUUCAGCUGGCCCCUCUGAAGCUAUUGUUGCUUCAACAGAAUUCUCUGUGGUGCAUUUGCCAACGUGGGGAAAUUAUCUUUCUGAAGUUAGGGAAGGAGACAUCCAGGAAAGAUAAGUUCAGACUUGAGAGAUUUGGACACAGGAGUACAACAAUUCAUGGAAACAAGACAAGGUCCGCAGAUGUGAUCCUCAGGCACCUGACCAUGGCCAACUCCUUGGUCAUUCUCUCCAGGGGAAUCCCAGAGACCAUGGCCUCGUUUGGGGUGAAGCAGUUCCUCAGUGAUGCUGGAUGCAAGCUCGUGUUCUACGCUCACAAUGUGGGUAAGGGUGUGUCCAUAGACUCCACCUGCCUCCUGACUCUCUUCCAGGCCAUCAGCAUCAGCCCCAGGCGCUCUGUUUGGGCGGAGCUGAAAGUGAAAGCCCUGAGGUACAUCAGUUCCUCUACUGUCUUCUGCUGGGUCCUGCAGAUGCUGUUAAAUAUUAGACUUCCUAUCAUUUUGACCAACAACAACAGCAAGAGAAACAUCACAAAAACCAUAGACUUUCAAUACUGCUCAGCUGGGCCUCAUGACAGAGACCCAGGCUCAGUGUUUGCGGUGCUGAGACUCUCCCAUGACGUUCUGUGUUUGGCGCUUAUGAUCUGGGCCAGUGGCUCCAUGGUUUUCAUCCUGUUCAGGCACAAGCAGCGGGUCCACCAUCUCCACAGACACAGCUCAUGCAGGUCUUCCCCCGAGACCAGAGCUUCUCAGAGCAUCCUCAUUCUGGUACGAGCGCGGAGAGCUGUCAUAUAUGCUAGUUAUUCAGAAUCGUGCUGCGAUGGAUUUACCAGGAAAACAAUCAAUGGUGAUUCUCUCCUGAGAAAUGCAGGAUCUGCACGACCUGUGUGUUUGGACGAGGACAUAAAAUUUAGCCACAGAUGUUGUAUCCAAAUGUGUAAACUAAACACAUGUGGACAAGCAUGGGGACAGUGAGGAGGAGAUGUUCACAGAGAACACAUGAAAAAUAUGCUCACAUGUAAACAAAGUCACGAACAGACAACAAGACAUUUUCAAAGUGUUCUUAAAGCUCAAUAAAUCAGCACUGUAUACCUAAACUGUACCAAUAAACUCAAUAAAAA